AUGCUGAAUUAUUGGAAGGAGAAUCAUUCAUUUCAUCAUUUGUCACUAUACUCCCUGUACUGGAGAUUGGAGAACUCUGAAAGCGAAGGAACCCUAGCCCUCCAUCGGAAGCCGCCGUUCCCAGGUCGUCAGCACCGCCGCCGCCCCCAGGUCGUCAGCACCGCCGUUCCCAGGUCGUCGAACCCUAACCCAGUAACUCGGCAGGUACUCUUCAUCUUCACUGGCUUCUCGGCACGGAACCAGCUGAAGAAAUUGGAGGGGCUGGAUGAGGAGACAUUGAUGCCUCAUAAGACACCACCACCAUCAACAUAUCCUUGUUCCUUGAAGGUUUCUUUAGCACAAUAGUUGAAAUCACAAUCAUAAUUACAUAAUAUGUUUAAAUAAUUAUCCCAA